AUGGAUUCAACGAAGUGUAACAAGAUCAGAGAAGUUGUUAGGCUUCAACAAAUCCUCAAGAAGUGGAAGAAAGUUGCAACUGCUUCCAACAACAACAGCUCCAGCAGCAAAGGCAUCAAGUUUUUAAAACGAACCCUUUCAUUCACAGACACCAAUGACAUCGUUCCAAAAGGGUUCCUCGCAGUUUGUGUAGGGAAAGAGCUCAAGAGAUUCAUUAUUCCCACGGAUUACUUGAGACACCAAGCAUUUGAGAUGUUGCUCCAAGAAGCAGAAGAGGAAUUUGGUUUCCAGCAAGAGGGUGUGCUCAAAAUCCCAUGCCAAGUAUCAGUCUUUGAGAAAAUAUUGAAGGCCGUGGAAGACAACAAAGAACCCUUGCACGAGUUUGAUUGUGAAGUUACUUCCCCUCAUCAUGCUCAAACGUGUACAUAGAUAUAUAUACAUAUUAAUUUCUUGAUUCUCAUUAAUCUUAACAGAA